UGAACUCGUCCCCUGCAAUUCAGUAUCAACAAAAGCGUUUUAAUAACUCCUUAGUCCUUACCCAUAAUACAAGUAUCAAACUCUUAGCCAGUAGUAGCAAUGACCACUGUGACAAGAUUGGUAACAGAUAAGGCGGUGGUUAUAUUCAGCAAUAGCUCUUGUUGUAUGUCCCACAGCAUCAGGACACUGAUAUGCAGCUUUGGGGCAAACCCCACGGUUUACGAGCUGGAUGAACACCCAGAGGGUCCACAAAUCGAGAAGGAACUGAAAGCCUUAGGACGUAAGCCAUGUGUCCCGGCGGUAUUCAUAGGACAGGAGCUGGUCGGUGGAGCCAAUGAGAUCAUGAGCCUACAUCUACAAGGCAAGCUAGUCCCAAUGCUCAUCAAAGAAAGAGCUAUAUGGCUCUAAUUAAUACAAGAAUAUAACCAAUUGUAAUACCAUGGUGUUAUAGACUUACAUCCUUAAAGAGAGCAUUUUGUUAAGCUCUGACAUACUUGAGAAGAAUUAUAUGAGUAGUAGAAUAACUUAGUAACUCAGCAGGCAUUUUGGGAAAAAGAUAGAUUAGUACUAGAUUGAUGUCAGCACGAUGAGACAGCUAAUAGUUUUGGCCUUUAAGAGGAGAAUGUGAUAACGUUUGUAUUGAAGUUGCUAAAAUAAAUAAUAAAACAACAAUUUUUCAACAAA